AAAGAUGUAUACAAUUCCACAUUUAUUAAAAUUCUGGUUAUAGUUGAAGAACAAUUAUAGCAUAAUUUAAGUUCAUAUUAAUUUCAUCCAAUUAAAAUAGAAAUUAAUUCUUUUAACAUUUAAGAAUGGCUAAACAUCAUCCAGAUUUAAUAUUUUGUCGUAAACAACCAGGCGUUGCUAUUGGACGUUUAUGCGAAAGAGAUGAUGGUAAAUGCGUAAUUUGUGAUUCUUAUGUAAGACCAUGUACUUUAGUACGUAUAUGUGAUGAAUGUAACUAUGGCUCAUAUCAGGGACGUUGUGUAAUAUGUGGCGGACCAGGAGUUUCAGAUGCUUACUAUUGUAAAGAAUGUACUAUUCAAGAAAAAGAUAGAGAUGGAUGUCCGAAAAUUGUAAACUUGGGUAGUUCUAAGACUGAUCUAUUUUAUGAAAGGAAAAAAUAUGGAUUCAAAAAACGUUAACUUCGUCUUUUUUUUUUUUUAAUUUUACAUCAAAAUAUUAAUUAUAUUAUAAAUUCAUAAACUCAUUUGGUGAAUAAUUAAAUAACUACAAAAUGUACUAUUAUUUAUCAAUAAAUUAAGAAACAUGACUAAACAAAUUUUUUUAUCAUUUUUGACUGUGA